CACAACAUUUAACAGCUGCAAGCUGCAAGUUGCGGCAUUCUCGUGCAUGCUGGUGCGUGGACAGUGAAAGUACACAUUUAAAUAUUGCAAGUUUGUGAAUCAGUGCAGCGAGAUUGUGCAUUCAAAAUUUUGGAUAGUUAAUAUAUUUUGAUACUGAAAUCUUUUAUCAUGAUGUUGCGGGCUAGUACUUUGCUACUGCUUUUUUGCAUUAAUGCGGGGUUAUCCAAUGGAAUGGAGUGUUCAUUAGGACCAAAGAACUUCCUGGAAAAAGUUAUUGAUUCCUGUCCGACAAUUUUUGACACGUCUGAUAAAUCUUUCUGCUGUUUCAAUAUCGAGAACAAUAAAACAUAUUGUUGCGAUGCUACGGAAUUCGCUAUGUUAUCAUCGUGGGUCCUUAUCACAGUGAUCGUGGUAGUCGUCAUAGUGUUAUUGCUGGUAGGGUUCUGCGUAUCCUGCUUGUGCUGCGUAUUCUGCCGACGGCAUCGCAGACGUUAUCAGGGAACAGUAUACGGACACGCACAAGUACCUAGAGUUGUACAAGUAAUUCACACUCCCGCGAAUAUUCCACAACCGAACGAGUACGUUACGUAUCCGACGUUAUCAACAGGAAUGUCACAACCACCAGAAGUCUCGAACGAUCUUUAUGUGAAACAAGCACCGUAUAAUCCCAAUUAUGUUUAAUCGAGCCAACGAUCGCAAUUGAACAGUGCCAUUCUUUAAGAAAGUUCCAUUAGCAUUGCAUUUUCCUCAAACGGUACAUGUUACUUGAUUAUUCGUAGUUAUAUCAGUCGUCAUCGAGCGGACCUUUUACUCGAACUACAGUUUUAGUUUUAUCAUUUCAAC